AUGUCCACAUCUCGCCUUUUUCGACCUCUGAAAAUUGGCAACAUGGACGUGAAGCACCGCAUAGGGAUGGCGCCUCUCACUCGAUUGCGAGCGACAGACGAUCGCGUGCCGACGCCAUUGAUGAAGGAAUACUACGGUCAGCGAGCUGCUGUACCUGGCACUUUGAUCAUCACGGAGGGUACGUGCGUGUCACCUUCGGCCUGUGGUGGCUUCGUCAACGCACCAGGCAUCUGGAGCGAGGAGCAGGUCAAGGCCUGGAAAACGAUCACGGAUGAGGUUCACCGAAAAGGUUGCUUCAUCGUCUGUCAGCUAUUCGCAAUGGGCCGUGCCGCGGACGCGGAGACAUCAGCGAAAGAGAGCGUUGAAGUUAUUGGUCCUAGCGCAAUUCCCAUUGAUGAAGCCUCCCCCGUGCCCCGAGAGAUGACAGUCUCUGAGAUCAGAGAGACAGUUGAAGACUUCGCAACCGCCGCGAGGAACGCGAUCAAGGCGGGAUUCGAUGCAGUCGAGUGCCACGGCGCCAACGGCUAUCUGAUCGAUCAAUUCAUCCAAGAUACGAGCAACAAGCGCCACGAUGAAUACGGCGGCAGCAUACCCAAUCGGUCACGCUUUGUUGAAGAGGUUAUGAAAGCGAUGGUGGACGCUGUUGGUGCGCAACGUGUCGGCCUGCGUCUGAGUCCGUGGAGCUCCUUUCAAGGCAUGAGGAUGAAGAAUCCGAUCCCGCAGUUCACGGAUGUCAUUCUCAGGGCCGAUAAGCUGAACCUAGCCUACCUCCAUCUCGUCGAGUCAAGGAUGUCUGGAGCCGAGGACAGCGAAGGCUGUGAACGGCUGGACUUCGCGUAUCGGCUGUGGGCCGGGCCUGUCCUCGUUGCGGGAGGAUACAGCGUGGCGGAAGCGCAGAAACUUGUUAACGAGGACUACCCGGAGAAAGACAUUGUCGUCAUUUUCGGCAGACUGUUUAUUGCGAAUCCGGAUCUGGUGUACCGGAUAAGAGAGGGUAUGCAACUGACGGCAUAUAAACGAGAGACGUUCUACACGCGCAAAUCGCCGGUAGGCUACGUGGAUUAUCCCUUCAGCGCGGAAUAUCUAGCCAGCGAGUAUGCUCGUGCUGGACUAGUCUAG